UGCUGCUCCUACAACGCUCUGGGUGCACGGAGCUGGAUCUCUCCAGACAUGCAAUCGAAAUCCUACAAUUAAAUUAAUGAUACAGACCUCAUCCCGAGCCAUGUCCUGCUACGACCGAUGUCCCUCCACCUCCUGCGGCCCCACCCCGCUGGCCAACAGCUGCAAUGAGCCCUGCGUCCGGCAGUGCCAGGACUCCACCGUGGUCAUCCAGCCCUCGCCCGUGGUGGUCACCCUGCCUGGGCCCAUCCUCAGCUCCUUCCCCCAGAACACCACUGUGGGAUCCUCAGCGUCCGCGGCCGUCGGGAGCGCUCUGAGUGCCGGGGGGGUCCCCAUCUCCUCGGGCAGCUCCUUGGGGCUUGGGGGCUUUGGCUACCCCGGGCUGGGCAGUGGCUACAGCCGGCCCUACCGGCGCUACAACCCCUCCCGCAGCGGCUUCUACGGGCCCUGCUAAGGCGGGAGGGAAAGCGGGAGAAAAAGACCAGGAAUGCUGAAUCCCACCCCGUCCCUGGAGCACGACUGAGCUCAGGAUUUGCAAAAGCGAUGUCAGAUCCCUGCAGCUCCACCUGAACGGAGUCAGUCAGCCCCUGGAAUGAGGCCACUACUCCUGGUUUACUCCUUUAUGUUUCUAAUCCAUUUUGUAGCUCUGCUGCUCGGUGUAUUUGGUACUACCGGGUAUAAAAGUUUAAAUUUAGGAAGUAGGUGGGGCUUGCUUCUCAGGGUGCAUUGGAAGAAGAGCUCUGCCUGUGGAACACGUCCCCCUGAACCGAGCCUUUCCCCCCACACUGACCCCUGGUGCUUUGCAGGGCUUUAAUCCUCUCGUUGGGAUUAAUAAAGUGAUGCUUUUAUUGUAA